UUGUGUGGUCUUAUUUCUCAACCAAUCAACGCGCGUCCUUUCUUUCUCAUGUGAGUUUUUUGGCGAAAGUUUUGAAUUCAAAAAGUAUUUUUUGUUUUUUUUACAGGAGUAAAGAUAAACAUGAUCGGGGCCUUCCUCCACCAAUGUUUCGUUUUAUGCCAGCUUCAUCUUCCACGGUGAGAUUUUUUAUUGGAAAAAAUACAUUUUAAGGACACGUCGACCCAACUGCUGCAACGGGUGUACGGUUUUUCAAGUUUUCCACGGAGUGCUACGAGAGAAAACAUCGACUAGAAUUCAUGAAACUCCUUAUUUCCAUAGAUUUGAACACGCUGAUCAUGAAUAUGUAAUCAGUUUUCAAAAUUGUUCAGUAGUUUUCUUGCAUUUUGAUGCAUUCAGUCUCACACCCAUUGCAGCAGUUUGUUCUUUAGUGGGUCGACGUGAGGAAGAUACAUUGCCCUGGCAACCAGGAUUUAUUUGUAUUAAGAAAAAAAAUCCUAUUUUUUGAGGGGGAAGGAACUUUCGGGAAGUCAAACCUGCUCUAACGAACAAAAGUAUUUUCUUGAAGCUUUUCGUAAAGUUCCCAAAAAAUUAUUUUUCAGUACUAAAUACAAAUUUUGUCGCAAUAUAUUAUUUUUUCAGCUAAAAUCCUAUGAGCCUGGACCAUUGAAGGAUCCUUUGGUGAGUUGAGUUUUUCAGAGCUUUAUCUUUAUCAACAAAAAAAAACAAGUAUUUUUCAGACAAAUAAAGUGAUGUCAAAUUAUUAUGAGCGUAAACGACCGACGGGGAAUCCGACACUUGCUGCGAAAAAACCCAAGACUAUAGUCGAAAAUCAACCGGGAACUUUUAAAGCGCCACUUCCCAAACAGAUUCCACCUCAAGUUCCUCCAACUCCAAGUUCUUCUCAAGCUCAAAAACCUGCUCAAAAUCAACCAACAAUUCAAAUAUCUUUGUAUCAAGACAAACCAGAUUCGAUAAGUAUUGGAAAAAAUGGCGAAACUACUUCAUCUUCCACAAAAAUUGAGUUGCCUCCAGACCUGAAACUCUUCCAAAUUCUUCUUGAAUUCAAUGGUCGAACGCUAACAUUUGUUGUUCCGAUGCCAGAUGGAUCGACGAUUGAAGAUGUUCGGAAUUCGUUGCCUGAACAAUUUAGUGAAUUGGCGACUGCUUUUAUUCGAGAAGAAGAGGAGAAGCAGAAGAAAGAGCAAAAUAAAAAAGAGGAAGUGAAGAAACCUGAAGAAAAUAGUCAAGUGGCGGAAGAUGAAAAUGGGGCAUUUUAUGUGAAUCCGAAGCAAUAUCAUCGAAUUAUGAAAAGGAGAAUGGAUCGACAGAAAUUGAUUGAAGCUGGAAGAAUGCCAAUUUCGAGACAGGUUAGGGAAAGAUGAACUGGGAGGGAAAUAUGACACCUGAAAAAAAGAAAAAAAAUUUGAACAAUUUUUUGUAUUGGAAAAUUUAGAAAAAUGGUCAACUUCUGAUUUUUCGAUCUUUUCCUCAUAGAAGCUUUUUGUGCUUCAUCUUUUUUUUUAGAAUUUCAUUUUAAAAAAUAACUAGAAGGGCUUCGCUGGCCAACGCCAUCUACAGUAGUUUGACUUACUUUUCUGAUUAAUUUUCCGGUUAGGAAAAGAGAAACAUUGAGAAAUGCCCAGAAAUUGUUGACUUUUUCAGAGAAUAGAACGAUCAGAUAAGAAACGUGUCCUAAUAUUUUUUCGAAUAGAAACGUGAUCAUUCUUUUUUACAUAAAAAAAAAGUUUUGAUUUUUCACGUGAAAACUCGCGCAUUUUUUGAAAAAUUGAAUAUUAGCGCAUCGAUGGUAAAUAAUUUAUGAUAGAAUAGUGGAGGUCCCAUCAAUAAUGGUCUUCUGGAAAUUGAGAAAAGACUAGCGACACAUUUUAAAAUUGAAAAAUACAUUGGAGUUUACAAACUUUUCACUCUCCGCGCACUCACAUACAUUUUGAGGGAGAAUUUUUGAAACGCGCAUCAUUGUGCCACCAUUUAGAAACUUUUUCUUUUUUUGAUCGUCAAUUUUUAUGCGCACAGUUUUAUUCAGACCUUUUUGUAUAAAUUUUGAAAUUUUUAGAAUUUUGAAAAAUCAAAAAAAUUUUCAAUUUCUGAUUUUUUUUUCGAAUUCUCCUCAUUGAAAAUUUUUGUAAUUCAAAAAUUUAGAAUUUCAUUGAAAAAAAACAAUUCAGUCCUUUUUGUAUGGAUUUUGCAAAUUUUUAGAGUUUUGAUAAAUCAAAAAAAUGUCAAUUUCUGAUUUUUUUUUCGAAUUCUCCUCACAAAAAACUGGGGAUAUUUUGCUCCCUAAAAUUUUUGUAAUUCGAAAAUUUAGAAUUUUAGAAAAAAACAAUUUCAGACCUUUUUGUAUAAAUUUUGAAAUUUUUAGAAUUCUGGAAAAGAUAGAAAACUUCCUGGCAAAAAAAUAAAAAUCGAGAUUUUUUGAGGUCUGAAAACUUGAGAUUUUUAUUUCUUUUUUUUUUUUGAUAAAUACGGAAAACAAAAAAAAUCAAAUUUUCCCAAGUCCAAUAUAUUUUUUUCCAGAAAUAUCUCCACGAAUCUCGUCAUCGCCACGCUCUAAAUCGUGUUCGUCAAGAAGAUGGUCGAUUCUCACAGAAAAUCGAAACGAACGGAGAAAAUGUAAAAAGAAGUGAAUCAAGCGAAAGUAUGUAUAGAGAACCAAAUAAAAUAACAAAUACUUAUGUUGAUAUUCGACCUGCUCCGACUUCAAUCUAA